CUCUGCCUCUGAAGACCUGGGCUGUAGACGUGGGGAGUUCAGCCGGAAACACUAUGGUUCUGUGGAGCUGCUCAUCUCCAGUGACGCUGACGGUGCCAUCCAGCGAGCGGGCAGAUUCCGGGUGGAAAAUGGGUCGAGCGAUGAGAACACGGAUUACACGCCAGGAACAUGGCGUCGCACGGACGUCCACCUGGAGAAUCCCGAGUAUCACACCAGGUGGUACUUCAAAUACUUCCUAGGAAAAGUUCAUCAGAAUUACGUGGGCACAGACAUAGACAAGAAUCCCUUCUUUCUCUCUGUGGUGCUCUCCGACCAAAACAACCAACGGGUCCCACAGUAUCGUGCCGUCCUCUGGAAAAAAACAGGUACGCAGAAGAUAUGCCUUCCCUACAGCCCGACAAAGACGCUCUCUGUCAAAUCCAUUCUAAGUGCUAUGAACCUGGACAAAUUUGAAAAACCACCCAGAGAAAUCUUUACCCCAGAGAUACAGAAGGACCUGUUGCUGCUGGAGGAGCAAGAGGGCUGCGUCAACUUUAAAUUUGGGGUUCUCUUCGCCAGGGACGGUCAGCUGACUGAUGACGAAAUGUUUAGCAACGAGACGGGGAGUGAGGUUUUCCAGAAGUUCCUGAACCUGAUGGGGGAGACGAUUGCCCUGCGGGGCUGGAUCGGCUACAGGGGCGGCCUCGACACAAAGAAUGACACGACGGGGAGUCACUCCAUCUACACCGUCUACCAGGGCCAUGAGAUCAUGUUCCACGUCUCCACCAUGUUACCCUACUCCAGAGAGAACAAACAGCAGGUGGAGAGGAAGCGACACAUCGGGAACGAUAUUGUGACAAUCGUCCUGCAGGAAGGGGAUGACGCCUCCUCGUCCUUCAAACCCUCCAUGAUCCGCUCGCACUUCACACAUAUUUUUGCCUUAGUUCGUUACAACAGAGAAAAUGAGAGCUACCGGCUGAAGAUCUUCUCAGAGGAAAGUGUUCCGCUCUUCGGUCCCCCUCUGCCCUCCCCCCCGGUCUUCACUGAUCAUCAGGAGUUCAGAGACUUUGUGUUAGUCAAGUUAAUAAAUGGAGAGAAAGCCACACUGGAGACACCGACCUUCUCCCAGAAACGCCAGCGGACCCUGGACAUGCUGAUCCGCUCCCUGUACCAGGACCUGAUGCCCGACCUGCACAAGGAAAUGAAUGAAAUCCAACUUGGCUGGAUAACAAACAUGCUGAACCGUCGCUCGUUCAGUGACGUGCUCCCGGACUCCCCCAAAUCAACCCGCAAGAAAGAGGAAGCCCGGCAGGCGGAGUUUGUGCGAAUUGGUCAAGUUCUUAAACUGAAGACAAUAGUGCGAGGCGAUGCUCCCACCAGUCUGGUGACCACAGGGAUGUACAGGAAAGAGCCCUGGGAGUCCCAGUGUUUCUGCAGUAACUUCCCCCAUGAAAUCAUCUGCAGCGAUUCCUGGGGACCAGCAUUGCUCAUCUCCACCGAGUCCGGAGUGAUCUUACUGGAAGAGGGACAAACGUCGGUGCCGGUUUUUGACCGGUCGCUGCCCGUCAAACAGGUCGACGUCCUGGAAACUCAGGAUCUCCUCCUGACUCGAGCAGAUAAAGGGAAAGAUGCCCGUUUGUUUGUCUUCAGACUGAGCGCCAUUGGGAAGGUGGUGGAGGAGAGACAAGUGGCCCGGACCAAAGCUGACUGUAAAGACAAUAAGCUCGAGAAAACCAAAGGCUGCUAUCUCUACGCCAUUAACACCCAUCAUGGCUCCGAGCUGAGGAUUGUGGUCGCCAUCCGUAACAAACUGCUGCUGAUCACCAAGAAGAGCCCUGUGCGGCCUGACAGCCUGGGGCAGCCGCCCCCAGCCUGGCCACAAUCUCCUGUCGAGGAGUUCCAGUAUAUCAGGGAGAUCUGCCUAUCAGACCCCCCGGUGGUGAUGACUCUGGUUGACGGCCCGACCAGGGAGAACGACAACCUGAUCUGCGUUGCGUACAGACACCAGUUUGACCUGGUGAACGAGAGCACAGGAGAGUCAUACCGACUGCACCAUGUGGAUGCCAGCAAGGUGAAUUUUGUGGCCGCCGUUGAUCUGUAUGAGGACGGGGAAGCCGGGCUGUUGUUGUGUUAUAACUAUAUCUGUUACUACAAAAAGGUCUGUACCUUCAACGGAGGCUCUCCCCUGCUCCAGCCCUCCGCUUCCGACUUCCAUUUCAGCUGGAACCAAGUGCCCAACCACAUAGUCUGUGCGUUUCCCUAUAUCCUGGCGUUCACCACCGACUCCAUCGAGAUCCGCCUGGUGGUGAACGGGAACCUGGUGCACACCACCGUACUGCCCGAGCUCAGCCUCGCUGCCUCCCGGUCGGACAUUUACUUUGCGUGCGCGGCCUCCGUCCACACGGCGUCCAGCAGCAGCUCGAGGGAGAGCAGCUGUCACAACUCACCACAGACUCCGACCAGCCAUGACCUGCCCCCGGCUCUGCCCCCCGCACCGCCCCCCACCCCGGGGGAGGCUGAGAUUCAGUGGAAGAACGUUUACAAGAUUCCCCUGAGCAGCCUGGUGGGUCGGAGUAUCGAGCGGCCUCUCAAAUCUCCACUGACCCCAAAGCCCGUCACCACCCCAACCUCCGGGGUCACCUCAACACUCCCGGUCACCCACUCCCUGUCACUGACCCGCAUGGAGAUCAAGGAGAUCGCUUGCAGGACACGGAAAGAGCUGUUGGGCCUGAUGAGUGAACCCACUGCACCCAAAUUGGACAGUGCCCCCAAAGCCAAGAAGUGGAACUGGAAACCGGUGGAGGAGGAGACCAGACCAGGGGCACUGAGCUCAGCCAACGUCGAGAGGUUCCUUCCGGAAGCGAGCGAGGCGGAGUGCGAAGCGCAGCGACACCUGUCGAGCAGCUCGGAUCCGGAGUCGGGGGGUCAACGAGAGGAGAGCUCCCCCCUCAGCGCCCCCUUCAAACUCAACACUUCCUUCGACGAAGACGUCAUUGAUCUGAAGUGAUGGCAUCAUCGUUGGCCUCCUUGCUUCUCCUUCCCUAACUCCCUCCCUCCUUCCCCAACUCCC